AUGGUUGUUCUAUUACCCGUUGCGGAUACUUCCCCAGCUCUAUAUCCGGAGAAAAGCAUUAUGAAUGGAAUUGUUCAUCCAGAAGAGAUAGAUCUGGUGGGGAAACCCCCGAUCUUGAUCGACGCAAUGGACUUGGCGCCUCCCGAUCUUAACAGCGCUGAUCCCCUGGCGGCUACCGCAAACGGAAACGGCUCAACCCGAUACACGGCAAAUGUUGUUGAUAGUCUCGAGAUCUCCACUUGUGACGAAAUCUUCUCAAAUGAACGCAAAAUGGCUGUGGAUAUUCUCAAAGUGAUUGAAAGUUAUGGUGUUGACUAUGAGAAGAAUGGUGCGUCAUGGAAAGGACUUGAAUCCUUCGUCCCCAUUGUUAUGGCACAAGUGGAAAAACAAGAACCCAUUCGCAUGAUCUUGCCUGCAUUUCCAUUUAAAUCGCCAAAUGCACGCGACAAGGUCCUUGGUGUUUUGCCCGAUUUUGGUGAGGAGUUGGCUCUUGCUCAUUUGAACGGACUUUGUGAGAACGUCGCUCAGGUAUACAAACCUGGCGCUGAGGUAUAUAUCAGUUCCGAUGGACUGGUCUACAAUGAUAUUCUCGGAGUUCCUGACGAGGUUGUGUGGGACUACGGAGAAGCUUUGCGACAGAUGGCCGUGGACAAGGGCCUGACAAAUAUCAAAUUUAUCCGUCUUUUUGAGCUGCUGGAGCACCCUUGGUUUAAAGCGAGCAGCCUUGAAGCCGCUAAGUCAUACUAUCUCUCUCAUGCAUGCUGUCUCCGUCGUGAGCUCAUGUUUGCGUUCGGCGACCCAACGUUCGAUGCCGAUGAAGCAAUCAAGACCGACAACGACACCUGCUUGACAUAUCGUGGAUAUAUCAAGUUCCUAACUAAAGAUCUAGCACACCAGGAAUAUCCCCCGGGAAUGUCUAAGCGGGCCAAGCAGGGACGGAUUGCACAAACAGCACGCCAAAUGAUCAUCCGCGGGAAGAUGUUUGCAGCUGCCAUCCGAGCAAACCGCAAAGAUUACGUCCGUCUCUCUAUUCACGAGUCUGCCGGAGAGAAGAAACUUUCCGUGUCUCUGAUUCCUCAGAAGCGUGGGUCUUUGGGGUUCACGCCAUGGCAUGCUUGUGUAGCGGUUGGCCUUGAUGGAUCAUACCGCACGGUUCACGCGGAAAAUGUGCGUGACACACACGACCUAGUAUACAAGAACGGCCAGCCGUAUUUCUUCCGCGAGAAAUCGGACCUGUUUGACUGGUCUGCAGAUGGCUUAUCUGUCAAGUUUGAGCAUCAGUAUCCCUGCGGACUUAUUAUCCGUUCGGCAGAUAUUGACAAUCUGAAUGCCCCGCCCUCUAUCAGCGCCAUCCCUAUGCAUAAAGUCCGCAAAUUGUCUAAUAGCAUGUCUCCGGUCAUCCUUCGUGGGUUUUCUGAGACGCUGGUGGAGGAUCUCUACGUCAAGGCUGGACACGAUCUCGGCAAGAUUCUCCCAUGGAGCUUCGGAAUUAUCCAAAAGGUGCGCGACGCAGGCCGUAGCGAUAAGCUAGGAAACAACGUUACCUCCAACGAGGCCAUGCCAAUGCACUUCGAUGGCAUGUUCAAGUUCGAAGAAAUCACCGAUCCUGAAACCGGCAAGACGAAAAAAGUCCAAUGCCCACCCGGAUAUCAAUUCUUCACCUGCCCCGCCACAGCCCCCAAAGGAAGCGGCUACACACUCUUCGCUAGCUCGCGACUCCUAUUUCGAUACCUCCCUCUUCCCUGGACUGCGGAACGUCUCCAGAAUGUGACUUGGGCUAUGGAUAACGACGGGUUUUGGGAUGCCAAGCUCAAGAAUCUGCCGCUGACGGUGACACACCCUAUUUCUGGUCUACCAUGUGUCCGCUGGCACCAACCGUGGGACUCUACGAAAACGAAGUUCUCGACUUGUGAUGUAAAAAUUGAGAAUGAGGACGCGAGUUUGAUUCAGGUGAUCGAUCAGAUCCUUUACGAUCACCGUGUUUGUCUUCGCUUUGAGUGGGAGAAGGGCGAUCUGCUGGUCAGUGAUAAUACUGCUAUGCUACACACGCGUACCGAGUAUAGCAGUGACUGUGAUCGGGAACUUUGGCGCAUUCACGUUGACUAA